AUGGAGAACAGCCUCUACGAUGAACUGUUGCAAGAAGUUUUCCGGAAACUCCCCUCUUCUUCCUCUUCCUCCGUAUCCCUCGUCUGCAAGCGUUGGCUCCGUCUCUACCGUUCCUCCACAACCUCCCUCUCGCUCCGCCUCACCCCUCACUCCUCUCUCACCAUCCCUUCUCUCUCCUCCUUCCUCUCCCACCACCCCUUUCUCUCCUCCCUCUCCCUUUCACUCUCUCCACACCUCUCUCUCUCCCCACACCUUCUCUCCCUCAUCUCCUCCUCCUGCUCCAACCUCCUCGCUCUCUCUCUUACCCCCUUCCCCCUUUCUAUUUCCUCCCUCCUUUCUCUCUCCACCUCCUGCCCCCGCCUCACCUCCCUCUGCAUCACCCUCCCCAGGCCCCUAUGUUUCAACUGGGUCCCCUCCUUCCCUUGUCUAAAACAAUUGUCCAUAUCACUGUCCUCUGACGAAGGGAAUCCAGGUGGGGUCAACAGCGGUGAAGAAAGCGAAGACUUUGACUCGGAAUUGGGGUUGGAGAGUCUCUGUGUGGUGGGGAUUCGCGGCGAUGAUUUGGGGCUCGGUUGUUUGUGGAGAAGAUGCACCAAGCUUAAGAAACUGAAGCUUCAGAGUUGCCAGGGUGUUGGAGGACCUUACUCUUCUUUCGUCAAGUGCUUGCACGGAAUUAAUGAAAUUGAGCUCAGAACUUGCAGGAGUGUGGUGUACGGGAUUCUCUUUGAGCUUGUGGAAUAUUGUCACUCUCUAAAUUUCCUCUUGGUUCAUGAUGGUGGUAGCAGAGAGGGACUCCUGCAAUUUUUAACACAAUCCCGUUCCAAGGUUCGCAAAUUCGACCUUCGUCUCCCUCUGGACCUCAACAAUGGCCAUCUCUUAGCGAUGGCCGAGAACUUCAAUAAGCUUACUAGUCUGAGGCUUCAAAGCUGCUGUCUUGUUACCGGGCAGGGUCUGAAGGCCCUCGCUGGAGCCUGUGGCGGGCUUGAAGAACUAGCGCUGGUGAAUUGUGACGUGGUUGAGAGGGAGCCUGGGCUGCUUGCCACUCUGGGCCAGCAUUUGAGGCAGCUGAGGAAGCUGGACUUGUCGCAUAACGAAAUGUUGCUUGACAAGGAGUUUGUUUCGAUGCUGGUUUCGUGCAGUCGUUUGAUUGAUUUGAGGGUGAGAGGGUGUAAGGGACUCACCGGUGUUACUGUGGUUUCCAUGGUUAGGAGCUGCAAACACCUUCAAAAUGUGGAUUUUAUGCACUGUUUCGGGAUAGACUCUGGGGCUGUGGAGUUGUUUGUUAAGAAUUCUUCUCGGUUGAAGAGGAUGGAGGUUGAGGGGACCAAGCUCUCAGAUGCUGCGAAAAUGUGGGCGUCGAGUAAGUUUAUUGAAGUUGUUGUGUGA